AUAAAACCCGCUUUCAUCUUUCCUGAGGUUUGGUGUUUGUUAAUUGGAGAUAUUCUUCCAUUGAGCGGCCAUGGGUAAAAAGCUCCAAGAAACCGCCGAUAUUAUUGGCGAACAAGGAUCUCCAAACACCCACAAGACUGAUAAAAAGAAGAAAAAGAAAAAUAAGCAUAGAGAAACUGAAUGUGAUGAAAGAACGGAAUUAAGCGUAAAGAGAAAGCUUGAAGAAACAGACGUUCAAGAAAGCUCCAAGAAAGAAAAAAGGAAGAAAAAGAAUAAGGAAGGGAAAGAGAAAGAAAAAGAAAAUGAAACCAACCAAGAAUCCCAUGAAUUAGACCAAGUUAAUUGCAAAGAAGGCGAUGAAGAGAGAGUGAUGGUCACUGGAAAGGAUGCGAAAGAAGCUAAAUAUGCUGCAUUAAAAUCGUUUUCCGAGUCUAAUUUGCCUGAUAAUGUUUUGAAAUGCUGCCAAAGUUUCAAGAAUCCAUCUCCAAUUCAGGCUCAUGCUUGGCCUUUUCUGUUGGAUGGCCGUGAUUUUAUAGGGAUUGCAAAGACUGGCUCAGGUAAGACCCUGGCAUAUGGGAUACCAGCAGUAAUGCAUGUGUUGAGCAAGCGAAAAGGGGCAUCUGCGAAUAGUGUGAAUCCCCUUUGUCUUGUGCUUGCACCUACUAGGGAAUUAGCUGAUCAAAUUUCAGUUGUUCUGCGAGAUGCUGGAGAACCUUGUGGUGUAAGAUCAGUUUGCUUAUAUGGAGGAACCUCCAAGGGACCACAGAUAUCUUCUCUGAAAUCUGGUGUUGAUAUUGUGAUUGCAACCCCUGGUCGUUUGAAGGAUCUGAUUGAAAUGAAUAUAUGCCACCUAAUGGAAGUAUCUUUUUUGGUUCUUGAUGAAGCAGAUCGAAUGCUUGAUAUGGGAUUUAGACAGGAAGUUCGCUCCAUAUUGAGCAAAACAUGUUCUGCUCGCCAGAUGAUCAUGUUCAGUGCUACUUGGCCUCUAGAUGUUCAUAACCUAGCUGAGGAGUACAUGGAUCGUAAUCCCAUAAAGGUAGUUGUAGGUUCAGAGGAUACAGCUGCCAAUCAUGAUGUCAUGCAAAUCGUUGAGGUCUUGGAUGAUCAUCUUCGUGACAAGCGUUUGCUUGCAUUGCUAGAAAAAUAUCACAAAACCCAACGGAACAGAGUAUUAGUUUUUGCCUUGUACCAGAAGGAAGCUGAGCGACUUGAUGGAAUGCUCCAUAGAAGUGGUUGGAAUGUUGUUUCUAUACAUGGCAACAAAGCACAAGAGCAGCGGACAAAGGCACUAUCAUUGUUCAAGAAGGGUAGCUGUCCUUUGAUGGUAGCUACUGAUGUUGCUGCUCGCGGACUGGAUGUCCCGGAUGUUGAAGUAGUAAUCAAUUAUAGUUUUCCACUCACUACAGAGGAUUAUGUCCACAGAAUUGGGAGGACUGGCCGGGCUGGUAAGAAGGGUGUUGCCCACACAUUUUUCACACAUCAUAAUAAGGGACUUGCUGGAGAGCUGGUGAAUGUUCUCCGCGAAGCUGGCCAAGUAGUGCCAGAUGCCCUUUUGAAAUUCGGCACUCACGUGAAGAAAAAGGAAUCCAAGCUUUACGGUGCUCACUUCAGAGAAAUAUCUGCAGAUGCUCCAAAGGCUAAAAAGAUUACGUUUAACUCAGACGAUGAAGAUUGAUUCAUUUAGAUUUUAAAACAUUUAAUUUGGUAAACAGCGGGCUUUAAUUUUAUUCAGCUACAGCCAUCUAUUAAUGUGCUAUUUUAAUUUAAAGUUGAUCGCUGGGGCGAUUUUUUUAACA